UGCAAAUAUUCCCUGUCUGGACCAUACAGGACAAUAUACAUGUCUUUAUUGUAAGACAUGUGACACUCUUGUGUGUCCAACCUGUGUGUCAAAAGUUCACAUGAAACAUGAUCUAACAGAAAUUCAAGAAGAAUAUGAUAUGAAAAUAGACAAGCUGAGAAAAGGACAAAAUAAAAUUCAAAGAAGCAUGACAGAUUUUUUUUCUGAAAAAGAACAGCUGUACAAACUUUUAUAUGCAAAAAAAUCUAAAUACAGCCGGGUAAAGCAAGAUGUUCUUAAGCAUGAACAAUCUGUCACAGCAGCUGUUGAAAAGUAUUUUCAAAAACUCCGAGAUGAAUUAGAUCAGAAUUUGGAAACAGUUUCUAACACAAUCAAGUCUGAUAUACAUGUUGUCUCAGAUUUACUUUCACAAGCUGAAAACAAAAAGCAAGAAGUCCAGGAACUGAUAUUAUUAACAGAUGCUUCAAAGUUCUUUACAGAUUUAAAAAAAUAUGAAAAAUCUGUUGACAUCCAAAUGUAUUACCAAAAGUCGAAUCAUGGCUCUAUACCAAACUUUGUUCCAGGGCAAAUCACUCAGUCUAACAUUGGAAUGCUUGAGUUUGAAACUCCAUCUCAUUCACCACAUAUUAAUCUAGUGGUUAAUAAACAAUAUGAAACUGAACUUGAAAAUGUAGAAUAUGUAUGCUCAUCUAUUGAUCACUCCUUCUGGAUAAGUUCUGGUAUUUUUGGUUUAGUUCAAAAAAUCAAACCUGAUGGAACCAACCUAAAGAUACUAUCCGGUUACGAUAUCCAAAUAUACGGCCUGGCUCUCACUCAACUAAAUAGUAUUCUAAUAUCUACGGGGGAAUCAAGACUAAAACAAAUUAGCAGUAAUACAGGUACACUAACAGACUCAGUAUAUAAUACGUCUCCAUUCCUCCCUAUAGCACUGUAUAUCACAAGUGACAAUCAGGUUCUAGUAGGAGGUGUUAAUAAAGACUACCCUAAACAAGGAAGAAGAGUUGUAAUACUAUUGAAUCAGAAUGGAGGCCAUGAAAGAGUGUAUGAACAUGAUCAACAUAAAAAAACAAUAUUCACUUUUCCCUACAGAAUGACACGCACCAGGAAUGGCAACAUUCAUGUGGUGGAUGAAGUAAGUAAAGACAGUAUUAGAGUUGUAGUGUUAGGACAGGGUGGUGAUGUCAUCAAUAUCUAUACAGGAGAUACAAAGAUCAACAAAGACAUACCUUUUUUACCAAGAGACAUAGUAACAACACCUAGAGACAAUGUUAUUGUAUCUGUUCCAGGUAAUGAUGCAUUUCAUAUCCUGAACAAUGACGGCCUGCUGAUGACAUAUUAUAAAACAAGUGUCAUGGAUAUUAUCUAUCCCUUUUCUGUCGCAUUUACUCCAACAGGACAACUUUACAUAGGAUGUAGCACACCAAAAGGUAGUACGGUCAAGAAUGCCAAGAUAUAUGAAGUGACUAUAUCAGGAUGUUAA